UGAUCCUGCCCUCCUCUUUCUUCUCUAGAUUCUCUUCUUGGGUCAUCCUGUAACGACUUCGAAAAAUCUCAUAAUUGGUCUUGCAGGAUGCUAGAGAGAGUAAACAAGUUUAGUUUACUACUAAAUGCAGCAUGUAUAGUAGAACAGUAAAUUGUAAUUUGUUUUUAGGUUUAGGACAUGAGACAUCCUGCCUAACAAGGAUAGGCCUUUUACAACUUCAGCAUCCACGUCGGGUAGAGCUAUGGACACGUCAUUCAAAAGAUGUGUUCUUACAUCCAGGUUGUGUGGGGAAGAUGGACUGUGGAGAAGAAAGGAAGAUUGAUUAAAAGUUCAUUUAGAAUUCCAGAUGCAUAUGGAGUUCAGGGCGUGUCCAUUAAACAAGGCCUAAAAGUCCAGUGUGACGGAGACCCAAUGGCCCUGCUAGAAGAAGAGGAGGAGGAGGGACCUGGGCCGGUCCAGAUCGUGGUGGCCAACGAGGAGAAUCACGAGUUUUCUCUCGACGAGGAGGCCCUGGACCGCAUCCUGCUGCAGGAGCACAUCCGGGACCUCAACGUCGUAGUGGUGUCUGUGGCCGGAGCCUUCCGGAAGGGAAAGUCCUUCCUGUUGGACUUCAUGCUCCGGUACAUGUAUAACCAGAAGUCAGAUUUCUGGCUGGGAGGGAACGAUGAGCCCCUGACAGGCUUCAGCUGGAGAGGAGGCUGUGAGCGAGAAACCACAGGCAUCCUGGCCUGGAGCGAAGUGUUUGUAGUGGAGAAAUCAGAUGGAAACAAGGUUGCUGUUUUGCUCCUUGACACACAGGGAGCUUUUGACAGCCAGUCCACCAUUAAGGACUGUGCUACUCUCUUCGCUCUGAGUACCAUGACCAGCUCUCUGCAGGUAUAUAAUUUAUCCCAAAAUGUACAAGAAGAUGAUCUUCAGCACCUUCAGCUUUUUACAGAAUAUGGACGACUUGCCAUGGAGGAAGUCUAUUUAAAACCCUUUCAAUCCCUAAUGUUCCUCAUAAGAGACUGGAGUUACCCCUAUGAACACGAGUAUGGCCUCGAGGGAGGAAAGACAUUUCUAGAGAAAAGGCUUCAGGUAAAGCAAAACCAGCACGAAGAGCUGCAGACUGUCAGGAAACACAUCCACUCCUGCUUCUCCAACAUCCACUGCUUCCUGCUGCCCCACCCUGGCCUCAAGGUGGCCAUCAACCCCAACUUUGAUGGCAGACUCCAUGAUAUUGACGAGGACUUCAAGAAGGAGCUCAUCAACCUUGUUCCAUUGCUACUGGCUCCUGACAAUCUUGUUGAGAAGGAGAUCAGUGGGUCCAAAGUCACGUGUAGAGAUCUUGUACAGUAUUUUAAAGCUUAUAUGAAGAUAUACCAAGGAGAAGAGCUGCCACAUCCCAAGUCUAUGUUACAGGCAACUGCUGAAGCAAACAAUCUUGCGGCUAUUGCCGGAGCCAAGGACAUGUAUCACAAAAGCAUGGAGCAGGUGUGUGGUGGUGACAAGCCCUACACUGCCCCUACAGACCUGGAGCGCCGGCACGCUGAGUACAAACGCGACUCAGUACGGCAGUUCCGCUCCGUCAAGAAAAUGGGUGGGGAGGAUUUCUGCCGGCGUUACCAGGAGCAGCUUGAGGCCGAGCUGGAUGAGGCCUAUGCCAAUUUUCUCAAGCACAACGACGGCAAAAACAUUUUCUUUGCUGCCCGUACACCAGCCACAUUAUUUGUGGUGAUGUUUGCCAUGUAUGUUAUAUCCCUGGUGACUGGUUUUCUGGGCAUAAACACUGUAGCCAUGGUGUCUAACUCCAUCAUGGGUGUAGCACUGGUGUUCCUCUGCACCUGGGCGUACACCAAGUACUCUGGCGAGUUCAGAGAGGUGGGCAGCAUGAUUGACCAGAUGGCUGAGCUGCUGUGGGAACAGAGAACUCCUAGAAAGGUGCUUUCUAAAGUGUUUCAGCUGGCGCGGAGUCGAGUCUCAUGGGGCUUCGUCCUGCCAGCGCAGAGGAAACGACUGUCCUCCAACAACAAUGUCAAGAAGAAAAACUAGCCGCUACAUUUUUGGCUAUCUUCUAGAACACCUUUUAGGACUUUCUAUACAUACUAUAUACACAUAUUACAUGAACAUUCUUCUUCAUUGUCUCUUGGUCCCAACACUGCUGGUUUGGUUUUCACUGUACACUGAUUGAGAGCACAUGUUCCAGGUCAGCACAUUGAUUCUUGAAGUUCUUUACAUCCCCUUUCCAUUCAGUCCAAAUGCUUUUGUUUUCCGUCACUGAGGGUGGCUGCACUUGUUCUCCAUUGGUUUGACUUGACUGAAAUCACGUGCAUCUUUAUGACACUGUCCCCUUUCCUUUGCAUACCUCGUUUUUCUUCUUUAGGAGUUGAAGCCACUAAGCACUCAUUCCAUGGAGCUUACAAAUAGAACUAAAUCAUGACAUAGAGCAUACAAAUAGGACUAAAUCAUGACAUGGAGCAUUCAUAUAGGACUAAAUCAUGACAUGGAGCAUUCAUAUAGGACUAAAUCAUGACAUGUUGCAUACAUAUAGGACUAAAUCAGAUGCUUCACUGGGCAGAUGAUGCAGCAUGCAGCUGACCAUAGUCCUUCUCACCUUUUAUAGAACCAAAGUUUACAUACUGAUUACUAUCGCUAAUUUUGUAAAUUGAUCAGUGACAUUUUUGGAUGCCCUGCUGGCCUCGGCUAGAUGAAAAGGCUGUUGUAUGUUGUGAUCAUAAUGGCUGUUGUGUACUCAUCCCCAGUAAUGAUGGCGUAAAAAGGGGAGGGGAAGGCAAAGAGAGGGGUAAUGACACUUCUAAGUUGUCUUAAAAUAAGACAUCACACUUCUUAGUGAAAGAGGGCCCCACUACGUGAAGAUUUGAUCAUCCACAUUCAUUCAAAAUAUGUUCUUCUUAUGUUAAACACUCAAAAGCUUAAUCGGACUUGUCUUAAUGUUUUGCAGUGUUGUUGAGCAUACACAACAAAUAGAUGAACAAUUCUGUUGGCCACUUUGACAGUAGAAUGGUCAGUCCCUCCAUUAUUAGGUUGUUGCAUUAUUCCCUGUUGUAUAUUACUAUGACAUGUCAUUGACAAUUCCAUCCAAUUCCACCCUGACCAAUAUAUGUUAUUAAAUAGGGUUUGUUUCUUCCUUUUUAAAAUAACUAAUCACAAAUGAGGGCAUGUGUUAUGAGGUGUAAAUGUAUAAUUAUUACAUUUUCUAUAUCUUUUUGUAGCUGAAAGAACAAUGGUUUUCUGUAGGCCUAAGUGCAGUUUGUGUAAAGAAUGCUUUUGUGUCUUGUGUACAUUUCUGAACAUUGUUUUAUUUGCCUUGAGCAUCAAACAAUUCCACCCAUGCUCACCUAGCAGAUGGAAUGUUUGUAAUUCCUUGUUUUCUGUUGCAUUGUAAAAUUAUUUCUGUAAUUUAUUUUUGAAUACCAGAAUAAAAUAAACUGCUAUACAUAAA